UGUGGUGGUUGGGCCUACCCACCCUAUUUGUUCCAUGAUCUAUGGGUCUACUGGAGCUACCCACUUCGAUCAAUUAGCCAAGAUUUUGACCGGAUACGAAAUCACUGGUGCUCGAUCUAGUGGUAUUUUUAUGGGGAUUCUUUUUAUCGCUGUAGGAUUCCUAUUCAAGAUUACUGCAGUUCCUUUUCAUAUGUGGGCACCUGAUAUCUAUGAGGGUUCACCCACCCCGGUGACAGCAUUCCUUUCUAUUGCGCCUAAAAUCUCUAUUUCUGCAAAUAUGUCACGUGUUUCUAUUGUUGCUUCCUAUGGGGGUACAUUACAACAAAUCUUCUUUUUCUGCAGCAUUGCUUCUAUGAUCUUAGGAGCACUGGCCGCCAUGGCCCAAACGAAAGUCAAAAGACCUCUAGCUCAUAGUUCGAUUGGACAUGUAGGUUAUAUUCGUACUGGUUUCUCAUGUGGAACCAUAGAAGGAAUUCAAUCACUACUAAUUGGUAUAUUUAUUUAUGCAUCAAUGACGAUAGAUGCAUUCGCCAUAGUUCCAGCAUUACGGCAAACCCGUGUCAAAUAUAUAGCGGAUUUGGGCGCUCUAGCCAAAACGAAUCCUAUUUCGGCUAUGACCUUCUCCAUUACAAUGUUCUCAUACGCAGGAAUACCCCCGUUAGCCGGCUUUUGUAGCAAAUUCUAUUUGUUCUUCGCCGCUUUGGGUUGUGGGGCUUACUUCCUAGCCCCAGUGGGAGUAGUGACUAGCGUUAUAGGUCGUUGGGCGGCCGGAAGGUUGCCAUGAGUAAGGUUGGGAGACCGAAGGCAGUUUUCCGUGCACCGGACACGUAGCUUACCGAAUCAGUUGCAACACAGAUGGGAAUGCAUGCUACGAAAGACAGGGUCGAGUCUGAUACAUCAACCGUCGACUCCAUAUCCUUGUACGAGUCCACAAUCACUACACGAGAUGAACCUGGGUUUGGUGAAUGGAAGUUGGCCUUAGGUGUAAUAGGACUCCCAGUUACUGCGCGCGAUCGUAUACUGAGGUGCUCCCCGUCGGUUGUUGGAACGACGCGAGCCGGGCCGGGCCUCGAUUCCUUUCAAAAAGAUGAAGGGACAGAGGUGACUAAUUCCCCAUCUCAUUUGGGGCGGAAAACGAAUCGACAUCUCGAUGUGAUACAGCCCUUUCCAUUUUCGUUGGGAAAGAACGGCGAAGUCCAUCCGAACCCUCCAAUGAAGAAAUAAGAGGAGAGCAAAGCGCCAAUGGCGCGCGAAGCGCAUGCGGAAGGGGCACGGAGAAAUAAAGAAGUGUGGGGGAGAAGCAGCCGAGCUCAUUCCCUUCGCUUCCUGGGCCCAAAGCAGUGCUUUGUUUCCUGGCCAAAUCAAGGAUUUGGGGCUGAUUGCAAAAGAUAUCUGAAUAGAAAGAUAGAUCCAUCCAUCUAUCCAGAUAUCUAAAAAAGAAUCGAUUUCGAUUUCAUGAAACCUUUGAUUCAAAGAACUGCGCUUAGCCCCCCCGCUCAUGAAACGGCUCUGCUGCAAUGGAUGGCAGAGGGUCCGUAGUACCCGAAGCACUGGAGUGAUCCAGUAGCCGGGAAGGGGCCUAGAAGUGCCUACUACUACACCACACUACACUUGGCUCUACACAUUUACAGAGCUUACCCCUGUCCAGUGUCUGGCAGAACGUUGGGGGCUUCAAUCGUCGACUCGUUAUCCCCAUCUCAGCCCAGGCUAACGGAGCCUGACUUAUUCAGGGGAGAGAGUGGAGCCUAUCGAAGCACUCUUGAGAGUAAGAUCCUUGGCUCCUCUUCAUUCUCUACAGGGGUCUCUGCCCACAUGGAAGCGGGGCAGAGAUGGAUAAGAUCAAACACGGGAAUAAGAAGCAUUUGAAAUGCCUUUUUGAUCAUUUUGAUAGAGGGGGAUGGAUAAAGUGGGCAAAACAGACUCACAUUUUUCAAUCGAAAAGAUGGGUUCCUUUUUCGUCUCGACAAAGAAAGAAUCAUCUUGAAAACGCUCCUAACCCCUUCGUAGGGCCGUGUAUAGUAAGUGAUCCGAACCUGCCCGGAGCGAGCCCCCCUUAGAGGCAAGUGAAGUUGGUGAGCCGUAUGAUGGGCAACUAUCUCCUGCGGUUCGGAGAGGACUCAGCUGUUAGUUAGUACCCCCUUGGUUUCGGGGUGGACCCUUUCACUCUA